UCUCUACUGUAUUUGCGCUACAACUCCGCCUGCAACACGCUGCGUCCCGAGGCCGCCGGUGGACUGGGAAAAAAAACGGGCCAGAAGAAGUCAACAUCUGCUGAGCGAUAACAAUAAUACGGUUAUGAAACAAUGGAUGAUUGACAAAUAAGAAAUAUUGACUUUACAAUUCCCAGGAGCAGAGCGUCGCAUCACUCUUUGCUUCUUUUUUUUUCCUCACUUUUUUUUUUUCUUCCUCUAGAUAUUUUCUCCCUCUUUCUUGCCAAAAAGGAGACAACGUUCUGUUUUGGGGGAUUUUUUUUUAUUUUCCCCUAAAAACUUCCAACUUUGCGAAGGAUUUUAUAUUUAUUUUUGAUAUUUAAAAAUAGGUCAUAGAUAAGUCUUUCUCCUCCAAAGACUUGUGUUGGGGAUGUUGAGUUCUGUGAAGAUGGAAGCACAUGAUCUACCAGAGUGGAAUACUUUCUACAGCGAGGCCAGUGAGAUGUAUUCCUCUCCCAGCACCAUGAACUCUGGUCUGGGCUCCAUGGGCUCCAUGGGCUCCAUCAACAGCUACAUCAACCUGAACCCGGCCACUGCCUCGCCUGCAGGCAUGAACAUGGCGUACCCGAGCACCAGCCUCAGCAGUUCCCCACUGGCCUCCAUGGGCUCCGGGCCCAGCCACAUGUCCCUCUCCCCGGUGACCUCGUCCCUCGGCUCGGGCCCUCUGACCCAGCUGGGCCCCGUUGCUCCAGGCUCCUUGGGCUCCUUGUCACACUACCAGAACAUGGGCCAAUCCAUGAGCCAGCUGGGGUACCCCUCCACCGCGACCCUUAACCGGGCCGGGCACAAGGACAUUCCCCCAAAGCCCUACCGACGCUCCCUGACCCACGCCAAGCCACCGUACUCCUACAUCUCCCUCAUCACCAUGGCGAUCCAGCAGAGCGGCAGCAAGAUGCUCACCCUGAACGAGAUCUACCAGUGGAUCAUGGAUCUGUUCCCCUACUACCGUGAGAACCAGCAGCGCUGGCAGAACUCCAUCCGCCACUCGCUCUCCUUCAAUGACUGCUUCGUGAAGGUGGCUCGCUCGCCGGACAAGCCGGGUAAAGGCUCCUACUGGACUCUGCACCCGCAGUCGGGCAACAUGUUCGAGAACGGCUGCUACCUGAGGCGCCAGAAACGCUUCAAGAUCGAGGAAAAGCUGGCGAAGAAAGCAGGCAAGAGCCAGGAGGGGGGCUCGGGGAAGGGAGGCCAUGGUGGAGAUCACCUGGUGGAGGAUCACAGCCCCACAGGAGGCUCUGAGGGAGCCGACUCCGCCCACUCAGACAACUCCCACCCAGGCUCUUCAGAUGACCAGCCGCAUCCCCGGAACUCCCUGGUGCCACUAGACUGCCCCUCGCUCUCCUCCUCACACCUCCACAGCCCACCCAUCUCCCUGCCGUCCUCCUCCUCCACCUCGUCCUCCCUGUCCCUCUCAGCCACCACCUCCUCCAACCCGCUCCUCCACUCCCAGUCUCUAGUGGGUAGCUCCCACCUCCUGCCCGGCGCCAUGCAGCAGCACAUGGACCUACAGAGCGACGCCCUCAAGUCCCUGGACCCCCACUACAACUUCAACCACCCUUUCUCCAUCACCAACCUCAUGUCCAACGAGCAGAAGAUGGACCUCAAGUCCUACCAGGAUCAGGUGAUGGCGUACAACAGCUACACCAGCGGCUCUCCUAUGGGAGCCAAGCAGAUCUACGACAGCCAAGGGCCGGCCACCAUGGACUCAGGCGCUUACUACCAAACUCUGUACAGCCGCUCGGUGCUCAACGCCUCCUAAUAUGGACACUCACCCACACACACACACACACACACACACACACACACCUGUCUCUAGAGGUGAGCCUAGAUGGAGACUUCUCUUUCUCUCAGCCUUUUCUAAAAUGGACACCCCAGCUCUCUUCCUCUUUCUUUCUUUCCCUGUCCGUCUCUGGCUCACAUCCAGUGGCCUUGGUAGAGACUCACAUCUAAAAUGGCUGCCGUGUUUAAGGGACCAAAGAACAGUUUUUUUUUUUUUUUUUCUUUUACCAACUCUGACAAACAUGGAGACUGGUUGGUUACAUGGAGGACAGAAAAGUGUAGCUGGAUGAUAAGAAGUCUUAACUGAUGAUGAAGACAUUUGACCGGUCGGUCGGUGUGUAAGUCAAUACAGAAGUCAGAUCCUGUCUUCGCCUGUUGCACAAGCACUGCAUGUGGUGAAAUUGGCUUUGUAUAAAAUGUAUAUAGAGGUAAUGUGAGGGGCGGGGGGGGGGGGUGGGGGAGGAUAUUUGCAUUUAUUUAUGAAGGGAAUAAAUUUUAAUAUAUCUUGUAUAGCGCUCUGAUGACCAGUUACAACCCAAAUGUGAGGUUUUUUUUUUUAAUCCAAAAAAACGAGUUUCAGGUUACUGCUUCAGGCAGAUGUUACUGCGGUGGUUUUCUUUUUUUGGUGUUACAGCAUUUCACACUACGUCCAUCAUUUCUGUCAGAUCAGACCAUGGAGUGUGUACUUUCUUUUGUUAUUUUGGUUAAACAUAUGAAGAAGAAAAAAGCCAUUUUGUCCUCGCUGGAGAGGAAACAGAAGUUAAAACAAUCUUUUGCAGCCAGAAGGAACUAGGCAAAGUAACUGUGGUAAAAAAAAAAAUUAAAAAAAGAAUUAAAAAAAAAAAGAAUCAUGUUGUGUUUAUGUUUUUGUUACCUA